AAACAUCUUAGUUUUCUAACCCCCUCUACAAUUGCCGCCCACUUUACGCGGCAUGGCUCGAGGCGGUCGUCGGCGUCAAACUCUGGGUCAAGGCUUGGAUAGAGAGGUAUAUCAAGUGGUCCGCAAGAUCAUCGACGACCGCGCGCAGUACGGAGACGUCCAAAACACCUCUUUGUCUUUCGCCGUGGUAUACGACGAGAUUCGGGCGUCCAACUCAAGUCUGAACCGGAGACCGAAAAAGUUACUCGAGGACAGCAUCCAACGGGUCCUCGAAACCAUCCAGCAGGAUCAGGAAUCUGGUUCGGAAGAUUUUGUGGCUGUUGAAGAGGAGGAGGAGCAGCAGCAGCAGCGGCAAAUACACAAACCUCUGUCGAAUAAAUUGAAUAAGAGCAUCGUCAGUGCCUGGUCAACUUCCGCCGUGUCACCUGCACCUACACCAAAAGCAGCUUCAACCCCCAAUAUGGAAUCCUCUCAAGUCGCUACCACACAACGCCUUACGAAUGGCGAACCCCGCCCCAAGAAGCGCAGAGCUGGCAAUGCUUCAAUCGACAGGUCUCCCCCAACGCACGUCUCGUUAGAGUCGCUAGGUGGUGUUACCCCGGUCAUCCAAGAGUUGAGACGAUUGCUCGUCAUCCCCAUGAGCAAGCCAGAGAUCUACGCCUCGAACAAGGUCCAACCACCGCGUGGCAUCCUCUUGCACGGACCCCCCGGCUGUGGCAAGACAAUGAUAGCCAACGCAUUAGCCGCAGAGCUAGGAGUCAAUUUCAUUUCCGUUUCCGCCACCAGUAUCGUUUCGGGCAUGUCGGGUGAAAGCGAGAAGGCUCUGAGGGAUCUAUUCGAGGAAGCAAAGAGCUGUGCCCCAUCUUUGCUUUUCAUUGACGAAAUCGACGCCAUCGCUCAAAAGCGAGAGACUGCACAGCGGGAGAUGGAGAAACGGAUUGUUGCGCAACUGUCCGUGUGCAUGGACGAUCUGACGCUGGAGAAGACGGACGGCAAACCGGUGAUCGUCCUCGCUGCGACGAAUCGACUGGACACCCUCGACGCAGCACUGCGAAGAGGGGGCCGCUUCGACAAGGAAAUCAACAUGAGAGUACCCACCGAACCCGAUCGUGCAAGGAUCCUGGAGGCUCUGACCAAGGGAAUGAAGAUGACCGAUAAUGUUGACCUAGACGUCCUGGCGAAACGCACCCCGGGAUUUGUCGGCGCGGACUUGAACGACCUUGUAUUAACAGCCUCGGCGAUGGCGAUGGAGCGCUACCUAGACGUCCUCCAGGCCAACUCUGACAAGUACGUCAUGGACGUCGAUGAUGACAACCAACUCGACAAGCAUCCCGACGCAGAAAGCAUCAAAUCGCUUCGCCGACUGGUGAAAUACAUCAAGGGCCAGUCUCCGUCAUCCGAGGCCGCCGACGAAACCCUCCUCGUCACUUUCGAGGACUUCCUCACCGCGCUGCCGAAGAUCCAACCCUCCGCCCUGAGAGAAGGGUUCGCCACGAUCCCGUCGACGACGUUUUCUUCCAUCGGCGCCCUGGACGACCACAUCAGGGAGCUGAACGAGACCGUGAUCUCGCCCAUCCUCGAUCCGGCCGUGUACACCAACCUGGGCCUCCCCGCCUGGUCGGGGACCCUCCUCUGGGGUCCCCCGGGCUGUGGGAAGACGUUGCUGGCCAAGGCCUGCGCGAACGCCAGCCACGCCAACUUCAUCAGCGUCAAGGGGCCCGAGCUCCUGAACAAGUACCUCGGCGAGUCGGAGCGCGCCGUCCGCCAGGUCUUCACCCGGGCGCGCUCGAGCGUCCCCGUCAUCGUCUUCUUCGACGAGCUGGAUGCGCUGGUGCCAACGCGCGACGGCGGCGUGGGCGGCGGCUCCGAGGCCUCGGCCCGCGUGGUCAACACUCUGCUCGCGGAACUCGACGGCGUCGGCCACUCUCGCGAGGGCAUCUAUUUCAUCGCGGCCACGAACCGGCCUGACAUCAUUGAUCCGGCCAUGCUUCGCCCGGGGAGACUGGACAUGUUCUUGUACGUGGGCCUGCCGGACGCUGAGGGACGAGUGGAGAUCCUAAGGACGCUUUGCAAGAAAGUAAACGGUUUGGUGUUUGACGAGUCGCUGGCCACUAUUGCCAGAGAAUGUGACGGUUUUAGCGGUGCAGAUCUGGAAUCUUUGUUGAGGAGAGCUGGGCUGGCCGCCGUGCGCCGUAUCAAAUCGUCUGGGGGACCCGAUACCAUAAUCACACAGGACUUCCUGCAUGCCAAAACCGAAGUGAGACGGAGUGUGGGCGUAGAAGACAUAACGAGAUUCGAAGCCCUACGCAAAAACUGGCGUAAAUAGACUGCCGUAGGCAUUGGUUGAUAGACGAACUCCGAAGCAGGGCAUGCUUCUCUAAAGCCAUUAUCAUUAUUAUCAUUACAGUGACCAAACAAUGA